UUUUUUCUCACCGUUAAGAACAAAUUGUCUCACACGACUGCUACUCAUUUAUCUUCUUUCUCCCAAAAUUUCUUGGAACUGUAAAAAGCUAACCUAGAAAACUCUUCUCCUUCUGCAUAAAUGAGCCUGAUACGCUACCCCUCUCUUCUUUCUUCACACACAUUUUCUAUUAUAUCACUCAAAAGUGUGCAUACUUCUCUACUUCUGUUUCCAAACAACAACAAAUUGAUACUUCCAACAAUCUUCUACUCUCAAGUUUGCAAUGGCAAGACCUUUCGAGAAGUUACUGGACAUCAAUGAGACUAAGGAAUUAUGGAAAAUUGCCGUCAGAAUCCAUCACAAGUGGACAGUUUUUCUAAGAACAAGGAGCACUUCGAUUUGAUUCUGGUUGAUAAAGAGGGAACUGAUAUACAUUGUAGAGUACCAACUGCGCUUAAACAGACUUUUGAUUCUGUUUUAACAGUUAACAACACAUAUACCAUCUCAAAUUUCCAGGUUAUGCUGAAUGAUCUUAUGUUCAAGCCUUCCCAACACAAAUAUAUGUUAACUUUCACUGGUGGCACUUCUGUGUCUGACAAGAACAAGCACGACAUACCACAAAAACCACUCAUCUUCACUCCUUUUUGUGAUAUCCUAGCCGGCAAGGGGAAAAAUGAUGUCUUGAUAGAUAUCAUAGGAAUUGUUGUGGAAAUUGGAUACAGCCAGAUUCACAAUUCGACCAAAAAACAGCAGGUCAAUUUGGUCCUCAAGGAUUUAGGAAACAACAUCUUGAACUGUACGUUAUGGGAAAGUUAUGCCGUACAGUUUCAUGAUUUCAACACUACAAGAAAAGAUUUCACAGGUCCAACGGUUAUCAUCUUGCAGUUUGCAAGAGUCAAAGAAGAAGGAAAAUACCCUUUAUGUGUCUCAAACACUUUCAACGUUACUAAAUUACACAUUAACGAUGAUUUGCCUGAGAUUCAAGACUUCUUAAAGAGCAUCCAAAAACUCCCAUUGGGCGAAAUAGGAUCCCAAAGUAUGACUGCGCUUUCACAACAGUCACAAACAAGCGGUUCUAUUCAGCUUAGCCCGUUAGACAAGUUCAUGUAUAAAGCUAUGGUAAUCCCUCUGUCUGAUGUUGUCAAACUUAAAGACGAAACUCAGUGUAUUACUAUAGCUGAAACUCUUAGAAUCAAAGCUGCACCUGGGGGAUGGUUUUACCGUGCCUGCCAUGCCUGUCCAAGAGUUGCUAAGGGCAAUCAACCCCCAUAUGUUUGUGGCAAGGGUCACGGUACAGAGACUGAGAUUUACAGGUAUAAAAUUCUAAUUGAUGUUGUGCACAAUGGGUGUGAGACAACGUUUGUUUUAUGGGACCGCGAAUGUUUGCAACUGUUGAAGGUUACUUCGGCACAGAUGCGCGCAACCAUGCUUGAGGCUGGCAUCACGGAUCCCCUUGAGUUCCCUUUAGCACUUGACGGUUUGGUCGGCCUCAAAUUGGUGUUUAAAGUCAAGUGGCAGCCUUCAUGGAACAAUGCUACUGUGGUAUCCAUCUACGAUGAUAAAGCUGCCUUCAAGCAAUUAGAGGAUUCAAUGGACCAAGCUCUGAAGGCACCGUCUUUAUCAUCUCCAACACCAAACAAAAUGCAGGCACCAUCUCUAUCAUCUCCAACACCAAACAAAAUGCAGGUACCAUCUCUGUCAUCUCCAACGCCAAACAAAAUGGAGAUUGUUGAAACUGUGACUGAAUCUUUGCCGAUUGACGAUUGGAAUAUGGUUGAUCAGGACAUUGAUGUAACAUCCAACCAGAUCAUGCUGACGCCUGCCCCAAGUGCAACUUCAAAAAAUGAUGCCUCCCAACUAUCUACCGACAACAGCCCUAUGCCAACAACACCAGCUGCAACAGCAAAAAGAAUUGCACCUCAAGUAUCAUCUGAUGACACUUUGGCUACUGCAUUCUGUGAAGAACAAGGUUCUUCUACCAAAUUGAAGAAGAUAAUCAAGUUGGAAAAAAAUUCUCAAGACAACUUACAAGCUUAGAAAAUUGAUUCUAUUUUUAAAUAUAUUCCUUUUGAAAUAUUUGGCCUACGUGGCUGGUUUAUUUAUCUUCUUAGUACUCAUCUGGUUUUGUUAAUUUAACAUCAAGUCCUUAUAUUCUAAUCUAUUCAACAGUUGGCUUAGACUAUUUUUUUAGUGUUAUUUCUAUUAAACCUACUCAAUGAUAAUGGCAUAGUUGUGUUAGACAAAAUAAAAAUCAUUAUUUCAAUAGAUUAACGUGUUACAACUUUUUGGUGCAUACUAUGCAUUUACUAUAAAAACUUAAAACAAGUUUUCAACAGCAUUGUCUCUUAUUUGUAAUAACAAUGUGAUAAUGUUAUUGGUGUUGAAAACAACUUGAUGAAAAAAAAUUGGCUGAACCUAAGGAACCUUAAUGCCCUCCCUUUGUGUUAGACUAAUAUAUGUUCAUAAAACUAAUAAUUUAGUUUUUGCACGUUUAGAUAUGACACUGUAUAACUUUAAACUUAAUGAAAGCUGUCGUAAUU